CGGAAAAGUGGGAGCGGAGAGCUCUCUCGAGCUGUCGGUGUCUCACAGCACAUAACUUGCCAACACCCACAAUCUUCUACGAUGGCGCAGAGCAUCCCGAUGCCGGGCCGCGCGCCGACAAACGGCUCCCUCUCUCCCCUGGCCAAGUCGCCCCCUUCCGCCAGCACGAUCGAGUAUGCGUCCACCGCGCCCAUGGCGAAGACAAAGCAUGCGGCCGAUGGUACCGAGGACGAGGCCGUGCCCGACCACCUGUAUGCCAAGCUGCCGCGCAACUUCCUCACUCGUGGGCCGAAGGGCAACGUGCCGGAUUAUCUCAGAAUGAUCCUUAUGUCCAAGGUCUACGCCCCGCCUCUUAACCUCGUCGAAACACCCCUGAUGUACGCCGCCAACCUGUCCAAGAAGCUCGGCUGCGAGAUCUACCUCAAGCGCGAGGACCUGCAGCCCGUCUUCUCGUUCAAGAUCCGCGGCGCGUACAACAUGAUGGCGUCGCUGUCUGAGGAGGAGAAGCGCAAAGGCGUCAUCACCUGCAGUGCUGGAAACCACGCGCAGGGCGUCGCGUUGUCGGGCCAGAAGCUCGGCAUCAAAGCCACCGUGCUUAUGCCGACCUCGACGCCGAGCAUCAAGGUCAACAAUGUGCGGCGGUAUGGCGGCAACGCCGUGCUGCACGGACACGACUUUGACGCUGCCAAGGCCGAGUGCAUCCGCCGCUCUGAGGAGGAAGGUCUCACCUUCAUCCCGCCUUACGACGACCCAUACGUCGUCGCGGGCCAGGGCACGAUCGCGAUGGAGAUCUGCCGCCAGAUCAUGGACCCGAGCACCAUCGACGGCGUGUUUGCGGCUGUCGGCGGCGGUGGCCUCGUCGCCGGCAUCGCCGCGUAUAUGAAGCGGGUCGUCGGUCCCCAGACUGCAGUGUAUGGCGUUGAGACACCGGAUGGUGACGCGAUGGACCGCUCCCUCAAGGCCGGACAUCGCGUGCUCCUCCCCGAAGUGGGUCCGUUCGCGGACGGCACAGCAGUGCGCAUCGUUGGCGAGGAGCCGUUCCGCGUGUGCAAGGAUCUCCUCGACGGUGUCGUGCUUGCCGACAACGAUGAGAUCUGCGCCGCCAUCCAGGACGUGUACGAGGACUCACGCAGCAUCCCCGAGCCCUCGGGCGCCCUCGCCCUCGCUGGCCUUAAGGGCUACAUCAUCCGCAACUCCUUGCAGGGGAGUGGAAAGACGUUUGUCGCCGUCGUCUCGGGCGGCAACAUGAACUUUGGACGGCUGCGUUUCGUCGCAGAGCGCGCGGAGAUCGGUGAGGGCCGUGAGGUCCUCAUGUCCUUCCGCGUCCCCGAAAAGCCGGGCUCUUUCAACAGGCUGCACACCUACCUCCUCCCGCGUGCAGUCACCGAGUUCUCGUACCGCUACUCGUCGCCAGAUUACGGCUACAUCAUCUGCUCCUUCUACCUGAAGGGCUCGUCAUCGCGCACUGGCGGCCCGACGCCCGCCGAGCGCCAGAAGGAGAUCAAGGAGAUCAUCUCGGACCUGGCCAAGCUCGACAUCGAGGCUGCAGACUACACUGAGAACGAGUUCGCCAAGUCGCAUCUCCGCCACCUCGUCGGCGGCCGCAGCAACGUUGCAUACGAGCGCCUCUUCCGCUUCGAAUUCCCUGAGCGCCCCGGCGCCCUUGGCCGCUUCCUCAGCGUCCUCAAGCCCAACUGGAACAUCUCGCUCUUCCACUACCGCAACCACGGCGCCGACGUCGGCAAGGUCCUCGUUGGCUUGCAGCCCCCGCCCAACGGCAGCGCCGACGACGAGGACUUGAACGCGUUCCUUGCUGAGCUCAACUACCCAUUCGUCGAGGAGACGAGAAACGUCGCGUACCGCCGCUUCCUGCUCAACGAGUAGGCAGGAGUCACGGUGGGCGGAAGAGCAAGCACAAGUAAUAGGACCCAGAUGGGAUGUAGCGUGAGAAUAUUGUAGAUCAGCAUGCAUGCGUGGACUCAG